AUGUUCAAGAAUGCAGUGCGUAGCGCUGAAAUGAAUAGCCAACUGUUGUUUUUGUUCAUUGAACACUAUCCGGAUAUAUUUGGGUUCUCUUAUCUUGAUGCUGAAUCUUGUGUUGGCCUCACAGUUCCCGUGGAGAAUGUUGCAACAAUUGCUGGUUGUGCCAGUGUGAUUGAAGGAGUCAGUCGGAGCCGAAAUGCCUUGCUGAAUGGGGACACCAAGAAUUAUGAUUGGGAUUCUGGCUAUACGUGUCAUCAGCUAGGAAGCGGUGCGAUUGUGGUUCAGCUGGCACAGCCGUACAUGAUCGGGUCAAUACGGUUAUUACUUUGGGACUGUGAUGAUCGAAGCUAUAGCUACUACAUUGAGGUUUCCACCAACCAGCAACAGUGGACCAUGGUGGCCGACAGAACUAAAGUCUCUUGCAAGUCCUGGCAAUCUAUAAUUUUUGAAAGACAGCCUGCCUCCUUCAUCCGAAUCGUGGGAACACACAACACAGCAAAUGAGGUGUUCCACUGUGUGCACUUUGAGUGUCCGGAGCAGCAGAGCAGCCAGAAGGAGGACAACAGCGAGGAGUCGGGGCUGGGGGACGCCAGUCUGGGGGGGCCGCAGCUCGACCCCCACGCCUUGCAGGCCCCGGGAGGCAGCUCGCUGCCCUCCAGCCCGAGUUCCGUCUCCCGCUCUCCCGACCGGCAGUAACGGGGGCGCAGAUGUGGAGCGACGUGGGUGGGCGCCAAGGGCAGCGGCAAGAACCAGCGUCCUCCCAGGAGGGCCCUCUGUGGACUGCCCCUCUCCCCUCCAGGGAGGAGCAGACCUGGCUGCGAAAAUGGACACAGAACAGGCUUUCUCCCAAGGGCAGAAAGGGGCUGCCUUGUUCUCCUCAAUUUGUUCAAAUCAGUCUGGUCUCCAGGGGGAGAAAAUGGGUCUUCAAUCUUCAUCAAGCUCACCAUUAACACCCUACCUCUCUACUCUAACCCGGGCAAAGGGGCAGGAGGAAGCGGCAGGCAGGCCCGAGUCGGAAUGCAGAAACGGCGCACCAACACCCAAGCGGAGGAGACUAGCCCUUUGUUACCUGGAGGCUCCUGUAGGAAAUGGGUUUCCGCAGAGUGUUUACUUUCGUGGAACACAUCGCCCUGGCAACUAAAUGAUUUUUUUGUUUCUCUUAGCGUCCGUUCGCUGAAUCAUAGGUGUUCCAGAUCUUUCUGAAAUGCUCAAACAGCAAAUCACUUGCUUUAAUCCCUUUGAUGCUGUAAUUUUCCUUCCUUGGUUUUGAACGGUUGAGCCUGGGGGGAACAGAGAAAUACUUGUGCACGUUGCCUGCGGGAGGCGAGAUCCAGCUUAUCACUGCGCCCGGUCUGACCAGGAAAAUCCUUUGAGGAUGUUCAGUAAGAUACAUAGUGAGCAAACCAGUGCGAGGACACUGUAGUUAAUGGUCACUCGAGUUCCUGAGUGACUCACCUGUCAUUCCUGAUGUGUACCCAGCCUCGAUGCUUGGGAGGCUGACAAGAACUAGUUCUUAUGCCGCCUGCUAAUUUGAUAUUCACACGUAUGUAAAUGUAGACAUGUCUGUAGUGGCUCCCAGCCGGACGGGACCCCCCAUCCAGUCACCACAGGCUGGCUGAGCCUGCGGGAGGGCAGCACUCCUGCCCGUCAGCUGCGGGAACACAAAACGGGGCCUCUGCCAUUCAGGACUUGCUGUGUUUCACCCCCAGCCCACAGGAUUCAACCGGGAAUUGGAAGGAAAAGCAGUUGUAAGAGGGCGUUGCUCCUCCUUCUCCCCCUCCCCUCCUCCCCCCUCCCCCUCCCGAGACAGGCUCCCCUGCCUGCCGCCGCUUCCUCUGGCUCUGCCAUGUCUCUUACUUCGUCACUUCCAGUACAGUGCUAACUGCCCCGUGGAACUUGACAGGACUGCCGUCUGAUCUUCCCUCCUCUCCAGAGCUCACCGGGGGUCCCGUCACACUCAGCUCCGUGGGGAGCUGGGCCACGUUGAGCACUGCGGGCCUCCAGCCCCCCAGAUGCAGGCCCAGGUCCUCUGCACACCCUGUGACUCCACCUGGAGCAAGAUGGGCUUUCACAGGGGCUCCUUUCUGGUGUCUUAAAGACGUCAGUUGUGGGGCCACACAGAGUCACUGGGCCAACGAGCUCCAUGCUUUCCCCAGUGGAACUUAGCUUUCAGUGAUCAGUAUGGGAGCGGGGGCAUCACACUUCAUGAUUAAACAGGUAAGCUUGCUCUCUGAAGGUGGGUGGGAAGGAGGAGCUGCGGGGCCAGUGACCCUGCUCGUGCCACAGGGGGCUCUGGGUCCCCCUGCCCUAGGCUCGUGCACCACCAGACCCACAUCUGGGCCUUUCCCAGCCAGCAGAUUGCUGGCUCCUCCUCUGUCCCUGUGGGUUUCCAUCAGUGUUCCCACCAUCCACACAUCUGCCGUGAGGUCUUGAGGGAACAGACUGAUCUGGUAAGGGAAGAAGGGAAAGAUAAGGCCAUGCUGAUGGCACAUGGCAGGGGGGCAGGGGCAGGGACUGAGGGCACAGCCACAAGCCAUCAGCUCGCUUCGCUGACCGGGGCCUUGCCUGCAGGGAAGCCUGCUGGGGACCGCAGGCGGACACUGACCGAGCUCAGCAGGUACUCUGGUCUCCACAUCCUGUUACCAGGCCGGUGGGCUCUGUCUUCCGUAAUGGGCCUUCUGAUCUGGAGCAGGAGGGCCUCCUCCUGCUAGCUGGGCCCAGGGCCUUCCGGAUGGGGCCCACAGACCUCGGUCGAAGUGUGUCACACGAGACAGACACAGGGCGAAGCACGGAUCUCCAGGGAAUGCGGGGUGCGGGGGCAGCCAGGAAGAGGGCCCCAGCGGACUGGCCUUUUUCAGAGCCCCGGCUGGCCCUGCGGAGGGCCCCUCCUUGCAGCCGACUAGACCACAGUGGCCCCCAAAGCUUGAAGAGGCAGGGAGCUGAAUGGGAAUGUGGCUAAGACAGCCUGGCACGUGCUGGAAGGAUCCCAGAUGCCCGCAGAGUCCUCAGCCCACAGACAGUGGAGGGUGAAGUGUGAGGGGGGCGGGGCCGGGCCCCCCCACCCUGUGAGGGUGCAGCCCUGGUGGUGUCCCGUGUGAGGAGACGGCAGGUGAGGCCUGGCCCUCAGGGGAGACGGAUAGAGGGAUGCUUGUGGCCCCUGGCGCUUUACUGGAUGCUUCUCAGAAACUGUGCCACCUCCGCCCCAGGUCAGGAACGAGAACACUGCCACAACGCCCUGCUCUUCAUUUUAGAUCAUGUCUUUCAGGAGAAUAAAAAACAAAGUGCACUUUGGUUUGGGGGGGGGAUGGCCUUCACCUUCUGAGGGCCGCUGGGGUGGCAGCAGGCCGGGCGGGGCGCAGGCCCGGGGCCUGGGGGGCGGGGCUGCCGCGAGCAGGACUGGAACCUGCCGCGAUGGUGUGACGCGCUCACACCUACCCCGCCACGGAUGCUUGUUUCCUCACAUUCUCCGCGCUUUUUCUGGUUUUCUUCGUCUGAUUGUAGUUAGAGUCAUGAGCCCGUGAUGAAUGUGGGACUCUUCUCAAUUGCUCGUUAAGUGUCACUUUUUAAAUCUUAUUAAAUGAAGUGUCGAUUCCUGAUAAAUACAUUAAAAGUGUUUUAUUCCUGGAA